GUAUUGUUCCACACUCGCCGCCCCCAGCGCGCGGCGCCCGGCCGCAGGGCGCUCUGCUUGCCCGGGUACCCCCCGCCGCCGGACCCCGCGACGAGGCCCGAGCCUUCCAGCGCGCGGGGAGACGUCUCUGCCUGGGGGUCCCGGCUCCGAGGACGGGCCCGCUCAGGGUCAUGGCCGCGGGACGCCGCCGCCGAGAGCCGCCGCGCGGAUGCCGGGGCGCCCCUCCGUAGCGGGGCGCAGCCUCCUCGUCUCCCGCCCGGCCGUCCGCAUGGGGGGCGGAGGGUCGGCCCUGAGGGUCUGCGCCGACCACCGCGGGGGCAUCAACUGGCUCAGCCUGAGCCCGGACGGGCAGCGCCUGCUGACGGGCAGCGAGGACGGCACGGCCCGGCUCUGGAGCACCGCGGACGGCCAGUGCUGCGCGCUCCUGCAAGGGCACGAGAGCUACGUGACCUUCUGCCAGCUGGAGGACGAGGCUGCCUUCACGUGCAGCGCUGACCGCACCAUCAGAAAGUGGGACGUGCGCACCGGGCAGUGUCUGCAGGUCUUCCGAGGACACACGUCCAUCGUGAACAGGAUCCUGGUCGCCAACAACCAGCUCUUCAGCAGCUCCUACGACCGCACAGCUCGAGCCUGGAGCAUGGACAAGGGACAGGUGGCCCAGGAGUUCCGAGGCCACCGCAACUGCGUGCUGACCCUAGCCUACUCCGCGCCCUGGGACCUGCCCGGGGCUCCCUGCACCGAGGAGGUUGGGGGGCUCCUGGUGACGGGCAGCACGGAUGGCACGGCCAAGGUGUGGCAGGUAGCCAGCGGCUGCUGCCACCAGACACUGCGGGGCCACACAGGAGCCGUGCUCUGCCUUGUGCUGGACACGCCCAGUCAUACCGCCUUCACCGGCAGCACCGACGCCACAAUCCGCGCCUGGGACAUCCUGAGCGGGGAGCAGCUGCGGGUGUUCAGGGAGCACCAGGGCUCUGUCAUCUGUCUGGAGCUCGUGAACCGGCACGUGUACUCGGGCAGCGCCGACAGGACGGUCAAGUGCUGGCUGGCAGACACCGGGGAGUGCGUGCGCACGUUUGCGGCGCACCGGCACAGCGUGAGCGCCCUCAGAUACCACGCGGGCACCUUGUUCACGGGCAGCGGGGACGCCCGCGCGCGCGCCUUCGACGCCCAGUCCGGAGCGCUGCAGAGGGUGUUCCGCGGCCACGCCUUCGUCAUCAACUGCAUCCAGGUGCACGAACAGGUGCUGUACACGGCGUCGCACGACGGCGCGCUGCGCCUCUGGGACGUGCGCGGCCUCCCGUGCGCGCCGCCGCCGCGUCCCGCCGCCCCCGCGCGCAGCCGCUCCCGCCUCUUCAGCAACAAGGUGGGCUGCGCCGCCGCGCCCCUGCAGCCCGCCUGAGCGCCCCGCCUCUGCCCGGCCUCGGUGUCCGUGGAUUCUGAAGCCCCCUCCCGUCCCGUGGACGGCGACCGUGCUCGCCCUCGGGGACCACGUCUCCGCCCCCGCCGC